AUGUUAAAUAGCAAAAAAAAUUACGAAUACGCGGAUUGCAACGACGAUGAUGAUGAUCAAUUACAUCCGUUACAAUCUCAAGCCGCAGCAUCUCUUCUCCAGCAAUUCGAAUCGAAAAAAAAAAAUAAAAUCGGUUCGAAAAAGAAAAAUUCUAGAAACGACGAGUACGAUGAUUUAAAUGACACGAUUAUUGAUAGAGAAUCCACUCUGACAUCCUACGUCGAACAUGUGAUUUUAGUUUUUUUUUUAUUUAAUCGAAACUCAAAAGUUUUACCUGAAGUUUUCAUCCGUGAUUCCGUUGAUUAUUCAUCUCCGUUAUCCCUUCACAACGAAUAA